ACAAUGGAGACAUCAAUUGGAGAGCACACUAGGAAAGCACAUAGGCAGCGCUGAUCUAUCCUCAUCGAUCGAUCCAUCCAUCGUGGCCGGCCACAGCCAUUAAGCCGACCCGUCCAUCCGUCGAGCGCCGUCGCCAUCGCGCGUUUAUCGCCGUCCGGUGGAUCGUGGAGGCCGCAUAAGUACCACGCCUCCAGCCGCUAGCCUGCGCCGGUAGCUUGCCAGCCAGGGAGAGAGGGAAGCAAAAACCAUGCCGUCGUCUCCGACCUCGGUCCACUGGCUGAGCCUGGUGGGGAGCGUCUGGCUGCAGACCAUCAACGGCCCCAACUCCGACUUCCCCGUCUACUCGUCGGAGCUCAAGACGGUCAAGGGCAUCUCCCAGGUGCAGCUCAACUUCCUCGCCUUCGCCUCCGACGCCGGGAAGCUCUUCGGCUGGUUCGCCGGCGUCGCCGCGCUCUACGUGCCUCUCUGGCUCGUGGCCGUCGUCGGCGCCGCCUUCGGGCUCGUGGGGUACGGCGUGCAGUUCCUGUUCCUGGACAGCCCCCGGCUCGCCUACUGGCACCUGUUCGCGCUCACCUCCCUCGCCGGCAACGGCAUCUGCUGGAUCAACACCGUCUGCUACCUCCUCUGCAUCAACAACUUCCCCUCCGACAGCCGCGUCGCCGUCAGCCUCGCCACCAGCUACCUCGGCCUCAGCGCCAAGUUCUACACCACCAUGGAAGACACGCUCAAGGGGCUCCGCUACUCCCAGGCCAAGAAGUACUCCCAGGCCAAGAAGUACCUGCUCCUCAAUGCCGUCGUGCCCAUGCUCGUCACCCUCCUCGUGGUGCCGUCGCUCCGGGUGGUGAAGCCCGGGAGCGGCAAGAGGACCGACUUCGGGUUCUUCGCCAUGUUCGCCAUCACCCUGGCCACCGGAGCGUGCGCCGUCGUGGGCAGCAUCGGGUCCAAGUCCCUCGGGGUCUCGUCCAAGGAGCACCUGAUCAGCCUCUACGUGAUGCUCGCCGUCCCGAUCCUGAUCCCGGUGGCGCUGAGGGUCCGGGAGAGCAUGGCCAAGAUACGGGCGGCGGCCAACAAGAGGGUGCACAGAGUGCACGACCUCGGCGAGAACGGCAUGUGCUGGCUCAACAAGGAGAUUGAGGUGGCCACCAACGUCAAGGAGGAGGAGGAGGUGAAGGAGGCCGGCAGCGUGGAGCAUGGAGGUCAGGAGGAGCUCGGCGGCCUCGGGCUGCUACGGAGGCUCGACUUCUGGAUGUACUUCUUCAGCUACAUGUUCAGUGGCACGCUGGGCCUGGUCUUCCUCAACAACCUGGGCCAGAUCGCCGACUCCCGCGGCCUCGGCGACCCCUCCACUCUGGUCUCCCUGUCGUCCUCCUUCGGAUUCUUCGGCCGCCUCCUUCCCGCCUUCCUGGACUACUACACCGCAAAGAGCGGCUACUCGAUAUCGAGGACGGCGUCGAUGGCGUCGCUGAUGGCGCCGAUGGCCGGGGCCUUCUUCCUGCUGAUGGACCCGAGGGACAUGCUGCUGUACACGAGCACGGCGGUGAUCGGGACGUGCACGGGCGCCAUCACGUCGGUGGCGGUGUCGGCGACGAGCGAGCUGUUCGGCACCAAGAACUUCGGGGUGAACCACAACGUGCUGGUGGCCAACAUCCCCGUCGGCUCGCUCUGCUUCGGCUACCUCGCCGGGUUCCUCUACCAGCGGGAGGCGCGCGGGGGCAACCGCUGCGUCGGCGCCGCCUGCUACCGGGACACCUUCCUGCUCUGGGGCCUCACGUGCGCCGUCGGGACGGCGCUCUGCGCCGCCCUCUACGCGCGCUCCGGCAAGAGGAGCGGCGCUAACAAAGGACCGGAAGUUUCUGGUAGCGCAGGGGUGUAGCUCUAGGCGCCACAUGAUCGAGUGAAUAAAAGAAAAGAUCUCCGUAGCUAGGUGAUGUAACAUCUUUCUUGUUUCUUCCCCUUCUUUUUUCCACUAGGGAAACAUUCUGUUUGUUUUGUUUGGUUAGUUUCUUGACUAAACUUCUCUGUAGAGGAUCUGCGAAGCUCGACGCAUGUAAAAGAACAACAGAGCACAAGCAUAUAUAUAGAACUGGAUGCUGAAAUUCACCGUUUGUUUGAAUAAAGUUACCGGUGAAUUCUCUGUUAAAA